CCCCCGCGGCCCGCGCUGUCCCCGCUGCGGCCCCGACCGCGGCUCGCCACGGCGCAGGCUCCGCGGCCCGAGCAGGCGCGUCAGCCGAGCUCGGCGGUGGCGCGGGCGGCUGGGACGCAGCUGCCCCCGCUCGGCGCCCGCUGCACCCCUAGCAGCCACUGCCACCUGGGCCCGGAGCCUCCACGAUCUCGCCCGGCGAUUGUGGGCAGGGGCGCCUCCGGAUCGAUCUUCUGAAAUUUAAGUUUUCAAGAUGAAGUUUUUAUUGACAACUGCCUUUUUAAUUUUAAUUUCCUUGUGGGUGGAAGAAGCCUAUUCUAAGGAAAAGUCUUCAAAGAAAGGGAAGGGGAAAAAGAAGCAGUAUCUAUGCCCAUCUCAGCAGUCAGCAGAGGACCUUGCCCGAGUACCUGCCAACUCCACUAGCAAUAUCUUGAACAGGUUAUUGGUCAGUUAUGAUCCCAGGAUAAGACCAAACUUCAAAGGCAUUCCUGUUGAUGUAGUAGUCAACAUUUUUAUUAACAGUUUUGGAUCCAUUCAAGAAACAACAAUGGACUAUAGAGUUAACAUCUUUCUGAGACAAAAAUGGAAUGACCCCAGGCUGAAGCUCCCCAGUGAUUUUAGGGGUUCAGAUGCACUGACAGUGGAUCCAACAAUGUACAAGUGUUUAUGGAAACCUGAUUUAUUUUUUGCAAAUGAAAAAAGUGCCAAUUUUCAUGAUGUGACCCAGGAAAACAUCCUCCUCUUUAUUUUUCGUGAUGGAGAUGUCCUUGUCAGCAUGAGGUUAUCUAUUACUCUUUCAUGCCCUUUGGACUUGACAUUGUUUCCCAUGGAUACACAACGUUGCAAGAUGCAACUGGAGAGCUUUGGUUACACAACUGAUGAUUUACGAUUUAUCUGGCAGUCAGGAGAUCCUGUGCAAUUAGAAAAAAUUGCCUUGCCUCAAUUUGAUAUCAAAAAGGAAGAUAUUGAAUAUGGUAACUGUACAAAAUACUAUAAAGGCACUGGCUACUACACAUGUGUGGAAGUCAUCUUCACCCUGAGGAGGCAGGUCGGCUUUUACAUGAUGGGGGUCUACGCCCCAACCCUGCUCAUUGUUGUUCUCUCCUGGCUUUCCUUCUGGAUCAACCCGGACGCGAGUGCUGCCAGAGUGCCCCUGGGUAUCUUCUCAGUCCUCAGCUUGGCCUCUGAGUGCACAACCCUCGCCGCUGAGCUUCCCAAAGUUUCCUAUGUGAAGGCUCUUGAUGUUUGGCUUAUUGCUUGCCUUCUCUUUGGGUUUGCUUCCCUGGUGGAGUAUGCAGUUGUCCAGGUGAUGCUGAACAACCCCAAAAGGGUUGAAGCCGAAAAAGCCAGAAUUGCUAAGGCUGAGCAAGCAGAUGGAAAAGGUGGAAAUGCGGCUAAAAAGAAUACUGUGAAUGGAACAGGGACUCCCGUUCAUAUUAGCACUUUGCAGGUUGGUGAGACCAGAUGCAAAAAAGUUUGUACUUCUAAGUCUGAUCUGAGAUCUAAUGACUUCAGCAUUGUUGGAAGCUUACCAAGAGAUUUUGAAUUAUCCAAUUAUGACUGCUAUGGAAAACCCAUUGAAGUUAACAACGGACUCGGGAAAUCUCAGGCUAAGAACAACAAGAAGCCUCCCCCUGCGAAACCUGUUAUUCCAACAGCAGCAAAGCGAAUUGAUCUUUAUGCAAGAGCACUGUUUCCUUUCUGCUUCUUGUUCUUCAAUGUUAUAUAUUGGUCUAUAUAUUUAUGAUAAAUCUUUUCCAUUUGUACAAAAUAAAAUUCCAUUUCAUUGUGACCUACUCCUUUCAUAAAUGCCAAUCUGUGAGAACUUUUGAAUUUUCAUGGCAACAUUGCAUUUUGGAUGCCAUUUGAUUGUAAUAAAACUGUGGCACCUUAAUUUUGAAUGGCAGCAUGAUCAAGUAAUAUCUGUGCUCUAAUAACGAUGUAUAUAUGUAUAGUGAACAUAUUGCUUAGUAACAAAUGAAGGACAAGCAUACUACAUAAUAUAAUCCAUACAAUUCUCUUCAGUUAGUGUAAACUGCAAAUAAUACAGAUAAUUCUGAUAAUAAAAUGAUAUGCACGCUGAAUCCUGCUAUGGUCACCAUUCUAAUGUAUGUAGUAUUUCAAAUUUCCUUCCUUGUAACUUUCAAAGAAAGCCAUCUUAUUCUUUUAAAAUUUUAGAUGGUAUUAUCACAGAUUUAAAAAGGUUGUAUCACAUAUUGUUUAAACUUUGUAAGUAGAAAUAUAUCAGUUAUAAUUAUGUAGGCUCUGUGGAGAAAUAAAGUUAAAAAAUAUUAAUUUGUAAAAUCAGCUCGUUUUAAAGUGUGCUUGUGUUGUCAAAAAUAUCAGAUAGUAAUACACAGUAAGCAUUUUCAAACAAAGGGAAACUUAUAUUUAUGUAACUGUAUACUGAAUUCUGACAAAAUAAAAAAAGAUACCUUAUUGACGAAAUAUUUAGGAUAAACAAAAUUCUAUUUAAUCCACCUUAAAACCUAAAUGUAUUUUCAUGGAUUUCAUUUGUUGGUACAUAUUACACAAAACAUUGUGCCUUAAAAUGAGUCAUACAUCUUUUAAAUUGGAAUGCAGUAAUAGACACGUGAUUUUACAUCAUUUUUAAGAAACCAAGGGGAAGUAAUAAGUUGAAAAAGAAAUCCAUAACUAUUAAAAGAUUUUAACUUUUUUAUUUUAUUAAAAUGCUUGCAUAUUUUAAGUAAAAUUAAAAAUGUUUUCUGAAUUUAUUUUUUAUUUCAAUAUUUUGGGAUUAGUUACAAAAUAUUUAGAGAUUAAGUAAAUAAUAGCUUUGUUUGUAUUAGACUUCACUUCUACUUGUAUUUUCUUUCUUGUUAAAAGUCUAGACAACUGAGAUUUACUUACUUUGAACUUGUUCCAAUCCAAAAGUAAGCGCUAAGUCUCAUUUUAUGAGACCACCAUUUCUUAAUAUCACAUCCAAUGUACCUUUGUCUUUCUGCCAUAUCUGAAGUAAAACUAUCAGUAAUUCACAUAGAUAAACAUAAGACUAAAGAAGUAUGUUACAUUAUCUGGAGAGUUUUGUUGCAGCUACGAGUUUGUAUGGCAAAUUCAAUAAUAAAGUAUUGUUUAUGCAAA